CAAUGUCCCGCUUUCGCGUCCUCUCCAUCCUCCCCUUCAAUCGCGGCGCGGCCCAAAGAUCAUUCUCUACCUCUAUAUCGCCAAAAGCACCCCAGACUUUGGCACGCGGAAUGGGUGAAUGAUGCUUGGUCGUGCCACACUGGCGAUUGCUGAUUGUUCUCUCUCCGCGUAGAUACCUCCGACAAUGCAUCCUUAUUCUCGUACACUUCUGGCCGAUAUCUGUUCAAUGAGGACGUCAGGUUGAAGGAACGUCAUGUUGAGUUCAACAUCGAAGCUCUGCAACGUGCAGCCGAAGCUUCUGUUGGCAACCAACAUGGCAAGGUCGUCAGUAUGAGAAGGCUAGCCGAGGGAGGCUUCAAUCGAGUCUUCAUUUUGGUAUUACAGGACGGUUUCGAGUUGAUCGCCAAGAUCCCAUACCACAUCAGCCGACCAGAGUAUUACGCUACCGCUAGCGAGGCCGCCACCCUUACGUUUCUUCGAUUGCAAGGCCUCCCUGUCCCGGAAGUAUACAGCUACUCCGCAACGGCGGAGAGCCCUGUCGGUGCCGAAUAUAUUCUUAUGGAGAGAGCUCCUGGAAUUUGCCUCGCAUCCAGGUGGCUGGACCUUCAAGACCUUGAGAUAAGAAGACUUGCCCAUAGCUUCGUUGAACUUGAAAAGAGACUUUUCCAAAUUCCUUUCAGCGCCACGGGUAGUUUGUACUUCAAGAAGGACAUUCCAUAUGGGCUUCAGGCUCCGCUGUACAGGGAAGAGCGUACUGCAGAAGCAGAUCGAUUUUGCAUUGGACCUAUUGCCGACUAUAUGUUCUGGUACGGUAAAAGAACUGGGCUGAAGUUGAAUCGCGGACCAUGGAAAAGCCACGUUGAAUAUCUUCAAUCAAUAGCACAAAAAGAGAUGGACUGGACACUGCGUUACGGUAAACCGAUGGAACCCGACUUCCCCCACAACACCUUGGGGCUGGGAUUUCAACGUCCAGAGGACUAUCUCAAGCUUCUGAAGUGCUACCAGUUGUUGACGCCACACCUGCUGCCGAAAGACCCUGCACAUCCCUUCAACCUGCCUACUCUUCGUCACCCGGACCUCACCCCCGGUAAUAUAUUCAUCUCACCCGAGACUGGUCGGAUCUCGUGUCUCAUCGAUUGGCAGCACACCAUCAUCCAGCCACAGCUCCUCGCGGCUGGCUAUCCGCGCGCAUUUGAGAACCCAGACGAUGAGCUUUCCCCCGACUUAGUGGAGCCUAAGCUUCCAGAUGACUUGGCAUGCUUGCACGUGGAAGAGCAGGCAGCGGCGCGCGAGCUUUAUCGCCGGCGCCUCCUCUUCUUCGGUUACCGUGUGCUCAAUGGCCAUUUCAACCAGCACCACAUCGCAGCUCUGCGUGACCCCCUUCUUCUCGGUCGUCAGAUGCUCGUAGAUAGGGCCGGCCGACAGUGGGAAGGCAAUCUCAUAACCCUUAAAGGAGCUAUCAUACGCACAACCCAGUUCUGGGAGCACUUACCCGAUGUUGAGGAUAUCAAGUGUCCGGUGCGGUUUGAUCAAACUGAACUAGACGAAUUUGCAGAGAUUGAGGACGGCUGGCUGAAGAUGAGCGUAGUCAUGGAGCAGUGGCGGAAGAGAGUUUCUAAUAUGACUGAGGAGGGGUGGGUCCGAAAUGAGGAUUAUGAGGAAGCGAAGAAGCAGCUUGGAGAGCUAAAGGAAGAGAUUCGACUACAAUGUGAAGGGGAUGAGGAAGAUAUCCAAGCAUUCCGGACGGGCUGGCCGUUCCGAGAUCGCGAAGAAGUCGAUUGAAAUUGAAGAGUGAUUGUUGUACAUCAUAAACCGUUAUAACAGAAGUCGCGACCGCAUGGGUAUCCAGUUCAAGCUUCGUUAGCGUUCUGUGCCCUGAGGGUGACUAACGGAAACCUAUAGUAGUUAUGUAUCAACCAAGCCGAUCUUUUGGAGCGGAGCCAUCAGGUAAACCUCAUGGCUGAAAUAUACAAAGCCGCGGCCCGGGUCGUUAUUAGAGCAAGGUUUCAACCCGACUGGCUUUCGAUUUAAUCAAUGCGCUCGUUUCAUUAUCAUCUACAGAAAGGUCUAGCAUAUUUCCGCAUCAUGUGCAACCAACGGCCGCCAACAUCUUGAUGAACCUAAACCAUUGGGAAGCAUUAGCUCUCUUCUUCGAAAGAACCUGGUUCAGGAGGGCUUGGAUCAUUCAGGG